UCGAUCAAAGGCUAUGGAGCAGUGCACUGGUAACAGCAAAAGCUCCAAAGCAAUGAAACCCAAAAUUGAAAUCUUGAAAUUGAAGAACUGAAGAAGAAGCUCAAAAAUGGCGCACCAAAUGUGCUUCGACUGCCUCCAGCGCCGGAUUGAGUCGGAGUUCUCCGGCAAACUCGUCUUCAUCCACGGACUCUCCGAUUCCGCUUUUCCGUUCGGCUCAAACGCCGUCGUUCAGUUGUCUAGUUCAAGUGGAGAAGCUGCUUCAGCUCCUCAAUUCUUGCUCAAGUAUCUACCCAGUCAUCACCAGGAUUGCUUGACCAAAUUUGUGGAUGAGUAUAUACUGGAUGAUGCUGGUGUAAAUCGAGAUGGAGAAGAAGUCAGUUCUGAAAUAUGCACUGAUGAAAAGCCGAAAUUGGGUUCUUUACCGACUGAGUCGCGGUGUUUAUCAAAUGGUGGGAAAGCAUUGCCACAGAGUUCUAAUUGUAACCAUUCGACUAGGUUUUCUUGCUCAAGGGUAAUCAGUGCGUUGGCACCGGUUACUGAAGUUGGCCUUUCUUCAGACUCCAUCGAAGAGCUUGCUUCCAGCUUUUUGUCUGGGUCUAUGGAAGAUCACAUAUUGAACUCAUUUAGUCUCUUCAUUGAAGGGAAAGCUUCGGGAAGAGAUAGUGUCAACUUUCUUAAUUUACUUGGGGUACCAUCAUUUGAUGAGAAUCCGUUUCCUGGCUCCUUGAGGCAUCCGAAUAUCGCUCCCAUACUCGGGAUGGGUAAGACAUCUGGUUAUAUUGAUGUAGUUCUUCCCAAAGCUCCAUACACCUUGGAAAACAUUCUCCAUUAUAGCCCUGAUGCCCUAAAGUCUGAUUGGCAUAUAAGGUUUCUAGUGUAUCAGUUGCUCUCAGCUCUAGCUUAUAUUCAUGGUUUAGGGGUUGCUCAUGGCAAUAUAUGUCCGUCCAGUGUAAUGCUUUCUGAGUCAUGCUGGUCUUGGCUGUGUGUAUGUGAUAAGCCUGGGUUAGGGUUUAAUUCAAGUUCAAGAGGUAAUGGGAAUACAAUUACUGCACCUGAAAAGGUUGGUUGCUCUGUACCAGGUUGUCCUUCUCAAGGUCUUUAUGCUGAUUUGAAGCUUUCCCCGUCUAUAGACUGGCAUUGGGACUUCAAUCAGUGGUGGAGGGGUGAGAUUAGUAAUUUUGAAUAUCUACUCAUCUUGAAUAGAUUAGCUGGGAGAAGGUGGGGUGAUCACACAUUUCAUACAGUGAUGCCAUGGGUAAUAGAUUUUAGUACAAAACCUGAUGAGAAUUCUGACGCAGGGUGGCGGGAUUUGAGUAAGAGUAAAUGGAGGUUGGCUAAAGGUGAUGAGCAGUUGGACUUCACCUAUUCAACCUCAGAAUUCCCACAUCAUGUUUCUGAUGAAUGUCUUUCUGAAUUGGCUGUCUGCAGCUAUAAAGCAAGGAGGUUGCCUUUGAGUGUUCUACGUAUGGCUGUUCGCUCAGUCUAUGAACCUAAUGAAUAUCCUUCUACAAUGCAAAGACUCUAUCAAUGGACCCCUGAUGAAUGCAUUCCGGAGUUUUACUGCGAUCCCCAAGUUUUCAAUUCACUUCAUGCUGGUAUGACCGACUUAGCUGUACCUUCAUGGGCAGGUGGUCCUGAGGAAUUCAUCAAAUUGCAUCGUGAAGCAUUAGAAAGCGAUCGGGUUUCCCGCCAACUUCAUCACUGGAUUGAUAUCACCUUUGGUUACAAGAUGUCAGGUCAGGCAGCUGUUGCAGCAAAGAAUGUAAUGCUCCCUUCUUCAGAGUCCAUGAUGCCAAGGUCAGUGGGACGCCGUCAGCUUUUUACUGAACCUCAUCCUAUGCGUCGAUGUGCAAUAUGGAAGCCAUGUGAUAGCACCAAUGAGUCAGCUUCAUAUCAAGGAGAAAUGAAUGAAUUAAGGAGCGAAAGUUUUGUCCUAUCUGACAUGGCUUAUUUGCAACUAUUAGAAGAUGCAUCAGCCUUUUGCGAACAUGCUAUGGAAUUGAGUGCCCUCUAUGGGUACCAUCUCGAAUUUGGCAAGGACAUUGCUCCUGUAGAAGAACAAUCGAGUGAGAAUGUUAAGAAAAGCAUACCUCGAUCAUCUGACACUAAGAAACACCAGUGGUUGCCAUUACAAAUUGAUACAAACGAUCUUCUUGAGCAUAUUAAGGUGGAGGAUGAAGGCUCCACUGGAUAUCAAGAGCUAUUGCUUUGGAAGCAGAAAUCAUCUUGUUUGAAGACAUUUACUGAAGAUGUUGCAAGGGACAUAUUUUCUAUUGGUUGUCUCUUAGCAGAACUUUAUUUGAGGAGGCCACUUUUCGAUCCAGCCUCACUGACCAUGUACUUGGACAGUGGUCUCUUACCUGGACUAAUGCAUGAACUUCCUCCUCACACCAAAUUACUGGUUGAAGCAUGCAUUCAAAAGGAUUGCAUGAGGAGGCCAUCAGCGAAGUCUCUUUUGGAAUCACCUUACUUUCCUUCUACAGUCAAGGCAUCCUACUUGUUUCUUGCCCCACUCCAUCUUCGGGCUAAAGAUGGAUCCUGCCUCCAUUAUGCUGCAAACUAUGCAAAGCAAGGAGUCCUCAAGGCAAUGGGAACAUUUGCAGCUGAAAUGUGUGCUCCUUUUUGCUUAUCACUUGUGGUGAUUCCUUUGUCAGAUACUGAAGCAGAAUGGGCUUAUACACUACUAAAAGAAUUUAUUAAAAGUUUGACACCUAAAGCAGUAAAGACAAUAGUCUUGCCUGCUAUCCAGAGGAUUUUACAGACUACAGGUUAUUCACAUCUAAAGGUUUCUAUUCUGCAAGACUCAUUUGUACAAGAGAUAUGGAAUCGGGUUGGCAAACAAGCAUAUCUCGAAACCGUACAUCCUCUAGUAAUAGUGAACUUGAAUGCUGCUGCUCAUAAGAGUUCAGCAGCUGCUGCUUCCGUGCUGCUGCUCGGCUCAAGUGAAGAGCUUGGUAUUCCUAUUACUAUUCAUCAGACAAUCUUACCAUUGAUCCAGUGCUUUGGGAAAGGUCUAAGUACUGAUGGAAUUGAUGUGCUGAUCCGAAUCGGUGGUCUAUUGGGGGAAAGCUUCAUAGUCAGACAAAUGCUACCAUUGCUAAAACAUGUAGUUCGUUCGUGCAUUGACAUUUCACGUAUGAAUAAGCCUGAGCCUGUCCACAGCUGGAGUGCUUUCGCUCUUAUUGAUUCUUUAAUGACAAUAGAUGGCCUGGUUGCAUUCUUGCCAAGGGAGGUGGUUGUAAAGGAGCUAAUUGAAGAUAGAAGUUGCCUGCAUGUUCUGGUUCUUAUGCAAACAAGUUUGGAAUAUAAAGUGGUUCAGGUUGCUGCCACAACCCUUAUGGUUGUUUGUCAGCGGAUAGGACCAGAUUUGACGGCAUUACAUGUUUUGCCACAACUGAAGGAGCUAUUCGAUGAGCUUGCUUUCUCACCAGAAACUGCUAAUACAUCUACUUCCCCCGGCAGAAGGUCGAAGAUUUCAAAGCUAAAAGACGGGGCUCUGAUUGAAAGUCGUAUGGACCUUGCGUUGCUUCUGUAUCCUUCUUUUGCAUCCCUUCUUGGGAUAGAGAAGCUUCGUCAGUGUUGUGCAACAUGGUUAUUACUUGAGCGAUAUCUUCUACAAUUUCAUAAUUGGAAGUGGGAACACACAGGAGAAUUGUCGCGAAGUGGUUCAGACACUAUACUCAAUAAAAGAGCAUACAGAAAGGGCUCAACUCCUGAAUACAGUCCUGCUAAGCUGUUGCUUAAUGGGGUUGGAUGGUCAAUUCCGCAAUCUCAAGGAACUAGAGGUGCCAAAAACUUGAUGCCUCAGAAACGGUUUCAUGCAGUGCAUCAGAGUCCAACAGAAAUGCAUGCAGCAGCAGCAUCAAAUUAUAAAUAUGAGCCCUGGUUUUGGUUCCCUAGUCCAGCUGCUAGCUGGGAUGGACCUGAUUUUCUUGGGCGUGCUGGGGGUGUGAAAGAUGAACAUCCAUGGAAGAUCAGAGCAUCUGUUAUACACUCCGUCCGUGCUCAUCCUGGAGCCUUAAGAUAUUUAGCCAUCUGUCCGGAUGAAUCCACGGUUUUUACUGCAGGGAUUGGUGCAGGCUUCAGAGGAACUGUUCAGAAGUGGGAGCUGAGUAGAAUUAAUUGUGUAUCUGGAUACUACGGCCAUGAAGAGGUUGUGAACGAUAUUUGCAUCUUGUCGUCUAGUGGAAGAGUUGCUUCCUGUGACGGAACAAUACAUGUCUGGAAUAGCCGAACAGGGAAAUUAAUUUCAGUAUUUUCCGAACCAUCAGUGGAUUCUGCACAUAUUGCAAGCCCUCCAUCUUCUUCUUCUAGGGCCAGUGUUGACCAGAGUAAUAUUCUCAGUCCCAAUACAAUGUCCAGUGGAAUAUUGACUGGUGCAUUUGAUGGGAGCCUGUAUACUUGUAUGCAUCAAACUGAAUUUGGUGAAACGCUUGUUGCUGGCACUGGAGAUGGUUCUCUGAGGUUCAUUGAUGUUGUCCGAGGGGAAAAGCUGCAUCUUUGGAAGGGGAAUUAUCUGGAGUCAGGCUUUCCUUCUAUUGUUUCUACCUUAUGCUCUUGUGGGUCUGACAAAAUGCAACCAGAUGGAGCUUCUUCACCAUCUUGGAUUGCAGCUGGAAUGAGUUCUGGCCAUUGUAGGUUAUUUGAUGCAAGGAGUGGAAAUGUUAUUGCCUCUUGGCGGGCUCAUGAUGGAUAUGUUACAAAGUUGGCUGCACCAGAAGACUAUUUGCUUGUAUCGAGCUCUCUUGACAAGACUUUAAGGAUUUGGGACUUGAGGAGGAAUGUGCCGUCUCAGCCCACAAUUCUUAGAGGUCAUACAGAUGGUGUAUCUGCUUUCUCUGUAUGGGGCCAAGAUGUUAUUUCAAUUGCCAGAAAUAAAAUUGGACUGUCUUCUUUAUCUAAAUCCCCUGAUGAUGAUGGACAGCAGGCCGUUACAUGUCAAAGGCUCUACAUGGCAGACGACGGAGCAAGAAGCUUUUCAGUGUUAUCAAGCAUAAGCAUUUUACCCUUCUCGAGGUUGUUCCUUGUUGGGACAGAAGAUGGUUACCUAAGAAUAUGUUGUUAAUCCCACUUUGCCAAAGAUGACCUUUGAUAUUAUCCAAAAAAAAAAAAAAAAAAAGAUGACCUUUGAU